GUGGCAUGAAAGAGCCAUGAUGAUAGAAAAGAUGUUUUGUUUUUCUUUAUCUAUUAUUUAUUUAUUAAAGUAGGUAAUUUCAUACAAAAAACCUUAAACAUUAUAUGAAAGUCAACGUCAAAAUUAAUUUUUUUUAAAUGUGCCUUUUGGCUCUUUCAUAACAUUUCGGUAUUGAAAGAGUUAGUAAAAGUUGUGCAAGAGCCGGUCUAUAUUAUAAACUCACCCCAUUUUAGUCGCUCGGUCUUCAUUGGAUUGGAUGCCAAGUAGAGUUAAUUCUCUCUAUUCCGACGUUGGAGCUUGGAGUGGCAAGUUUAGACCCGUAAUGGAUGAGAUUGAAUCAGAUGAAGCAUUAAGAUUCUAUCAGUUUCUAAAUUACUUGGACGGUGGAAGUUUUGGCACGGGUCCCAUUGAUGAGUUUGUUGAAGCAAUGAAUAGAUUAUCAAACUAUAUGAAACAGCAGAAUAGUAGAGAAACCCAGGCAAGAGGCAUGCGAGAACUUGAAGCAAUAAAUGGAGAAAAAGGAAAUAGUAUUAAAACUGUUUUGGAAGUUAGUACAGUAAUAAUGAGAAAAAAGAGAAAAUUCUUUUGUACUGGAGAGGUCAAAGAACCAAUUGUUAACAACAAAAUAAUAUGUAAGGAUAGAAUACUGUUACCCAUUGCUGGAACCUCCUGUCGCGAUGCAAUUAUGUAUUGGCAUCCUGACCUUACAGAAGAACAUUAUUGUGUUGGAGCUUUAGAGUCCAAAAGCCCGGUGCACAUUAUGGAUAUCGAAGGUGAAAUGUUUUGCAAAGGUGAUGAUUAUUCAAAACGCGAAUAUCUUUUAGCAUGUGAAUUUUAUGAAGAUCAAGAGGCACCUGUUGCUGAUUUACUGCAGUAUUAUCCUGAUCCAGAUCCAGAAAUUAGUCCUAAACUGUUUUAA